AUGGACCGCUUCCUGGGUUUUGUCAAGCAGAUAAGAAGAUCUAGGAGAAGAAAGGGAAAAAAGUACCGACCAGAAGAGGAUUACCACGAGGGCUAUGAGGAUGUCUAUUAUUACGCUUCAGAGCAUUUUCGAAAUGAGAGUCCCUACACUAAAUCCGCCAGCCAGACAAAGCCGCCUGAUGGAGCAUUGGCUGUGAGGAGACAGAGCAUUCCAGAGGAAUUCAAGGGCUCCACCAUCGUUGAACUGAUGAAGAAGGAAGGCACUACCCUCGGUCUGACAGUGUCAGGAGGAAUUGAUAAGGAUGGCAAGCCGAGAGUUUCUAAUCUGCGGCAAGGAGGAAUUGCUGCUAGAAGCGACCAGCUGGAUGUGGGCGACUACAUCAAAGCAGUGAAUGGGAUCAACCUGGCCAAAUUCCGCCAUGACGAGAUCAUCAGCUUACUGAAGAAUGUCGGGGAAAGAGUGGUUCUUGAAGUAGAGUAUGAGCUGCCACCAGUCUCUGUACAGGGAUCAAGUGUUAUUUUUCGAACAGUGGAGGUCACACUACAUAAAGAAGGCAAUACCUUUGGUUUUGUAAUACGAGGGGGUGCACACGAUGAUAGGAAUAAAUCUCGUCCAGUUGUGAUAACGUGUGUUCGUCCUGGAGGGCCUGCUGACAGAGAGGGCACAAUCAAACCUGGCGAUAGGUUACUCAGUGUGGAUGGAAUUCGGCUUCUUGGAACCACACAUGCUGAAGCCAUGAGUAUUCUUAAACAAUGCGGACAAGAAGCAACGCUGCUGAUAGAAUAUGAUGUCUCCGUCAUGGAUUCUGUGGCAACAGCAUCCGGGCCUCUACUAGUUGAAGUUGCCAAAACUCCUGGUGCCAGCCUUGGGGUUGCCCUAGCUACCUCGAUGUGCUGUAACAAACAGGUCAUUGUCAUAGACAAAAUCAAAUCUGCAAGUAUUGCUGACAGGUGUGGCGCACUGCAUGUGGGAGAUCACAUCCUGUCCAUCGACGGAACCAGCAUGGAGUACUGUACACUGGCAGAAGCAACCCAGUUCCUGGCAAACACCACCGAUCAGGUCAAGCUUGAAAUUCUGCCCCAUCACCAGACCCGCCUGGCCCUGAAAGGACCUGACCAUGUGAAAAUUCAGAGGAGCGACAGGCAACUUUCCUGGGAUUCCUGGGCCAGCAACCACUGCAGCCUUCACACCAACCAUCACUAUAACACGUACCACCCUGACCAUUGCAGAGUGCCAGCCCUGACAUUCCCGAAAGCGCCUCCUCCAAACAGCCCUCCAGCUUUGGUGUCUUCAUCCUUCUCCCCUACCUCCGUGAGUGCAUACAGCCUGAGUUCCCUCAACAUGGGGACUUUCCCUCGAAGCCUCUACUCCACUAGCCCACGUGGAACCAUGAUGAGGAGGAGACUGAAGAAGAAAGACUUCAAAAGCUCACUUUCUUUAGCCUCUAGCACAGUGGGAUUGGCUGGGCAGGUUGUUCACACAGAAACCACGGAGGUCGUGCUAACAGCAGAUCCUGUCACAGGAUUUGGGAUCCAAUUGCAGGGCAGUGUCUUUGCCACAGAGACCCUCUCUUCUCCACCUCUGAUUUCCUAUAUUGAAGCUGACAGCCCAGCAGAGAGAUGUGGGGUGCUACAGAUUGGAGACAGAGUGAUGGCCAUUAAUGGAAUUCCAACUGAAGACAGCACCUUUGAGGAAGCCAAUCAGCUCCUUCGAGAUUCUUCAAUUACAAGCAAGGUCACACUGGAAAUCGAGUUUGAUGUUGCAGAGUCUGUCAUCCCAAGUAGUGGAACUUUUCAUGUAAAGCUCCCUAAGAAGCACAAUGUGGAACUUGGAAUAACCAUAAGUUCACCAUCCAGUAGAAAACCAGGGGACCCCCUUGUCAUUUCUGAUAUCAAGAAAGGCAGUGUGGCACACAGAACUGGAACCCUGGAACUUGGAGAUAAAUUACUUGCAAUAGAUAACAUCCGGCUCGACAACUGUUCCAUGGAAGAUGCAGUUCAGAUCCUCCAGCAAUGUGAAGACCUGGUAAAGCUCAAAAUCCGCAAAGAUGAAGAUAAUUCAGAUGAGCAAGAAAGUUCCGGAGCAAUUAUUUACACUGUGGAGCUUAAGCGCUAUGGGGGGCCCCUUGGCAUCACAAUUUCAGGAACUGAAGAGCCGUUUGAUCCUAUAAUCAUCUCAAGCCUCACUAAAGGGGGAUUAGCUGAAAGAACUGGCGCAAUCCACAUAGGAGACCGAAUCCUAGCCAUCAACAGCAGCAGCUUGAAAGGGAAGCCUCUGAGUGAAGCCAUCCAUUUGUUACAGAUGGCGGGAGAGACUGUCACCUUGAAAAUUAAGAAACAGACAGAUGCCCAGUCAGCAUCAAGCCCCAAGAAGUUCCCCAUUCCCAGCCAUUUGAGUGACCUGGGAGAUGUGGAGGAGGACUCCUCUCUGGCACAGAAGCCAGGCAAGCUCUCUGACAUGUACCCCUCCACGGUGCCCAGUGUGGACAGCGCUGUGGAUUCAUGGGAUGGCUCUGGAGUAGAUGCCAGCUAUGGGAAUCAAGGCACUGGUUUUCAGGCCUCAGGAUACAACUUCAACACCUAUGACUGGAGGAGCUCAAAACAGAGAGGCAGCUUGUCCCCGGUCACUAAGCCCCGAAGCCAGACUUACCCAGAUGUUGGGCUGAGUAAUGAAGACUGGGACCGGUCCACAGCCAGUGGCUUUGCAGGGGCUCCUGACAAUGUGGAGGCCGAGCAGGAGGAGAACUUCUGGUCUCAAGCGCUGGAAGAUUUAGAAACCUGCGGACAAUCAGGAAUUCUGAGAGAACUUGAGGAGAAAGCUGACAGGCGUGUGCCUUUGAGAAACAUGACUCUCUUGGCAACAAUCAUGUCGGGGAGCACAAUGAGUUUAAAUCAUGAGGCUCCAACACCUCGAAGUCAGCUGGGGCGACAGGCCAGCUUCCAGGAACGGAGCAGCUCUCGGCCACAUUAUAGCCAAACAACUCGGAGUAACACCUUGCCCUCAGAUGUGGGCAGGAAGUCUGUGACCCUGAGGAAAAUGAAACAAGAAAUAAAGGAGGUCAUGUCCCCAACUCCUGUGGAGCUGCACAAGGUGACCUUGUACAAGGACUCUGACAUGGAGGACUUUGGGUUCAGUGUAGCAGAUGGCAUGCUGGAGAAAGGAGUAUAUGUCAAAAAUAUUCGCCCAGCUGGGCCAGGAGAUCUUGGUGGCCUAAAGCCCUAUGACAGGCUCUUACAGGUUAAUCACGUCCGAACGAGAGACUUCGACUGCUGCCUUGUCGUGCCCCUCAUAGCAGAAUCUGGUAACAAGCUGGACCUGGUUAUUAGUAGAAACCCACUGGCUUCACAGAAGUCUAUAGAACAACAGACUCUACCGGGAGGAGACUGGAGUGAACAGAAUAGUGCUUUUUUCCAACAGCCUAGCCAUGGCGGUAAUUUGGAGACACGAGAGCCCACUAAUACAUUAUAGCAAUGCUUUUUAUAAAGUAGGACAAAAGACGAUAUCUACAUGGUGCUAAAAAAAUCCCUUUAAGAUUUCUGUGACAUUUGAAGCACAGAUAAUCAUGUGGCAUUA